AUGCCCAUAUACCUCCACGUACAUGCUUUCGUUUGGAAGUGCGGACGCCUUGCAAACUUUGGCCAGACCACUAUUGAAUCAGUGCCACCCAGCAUUGCUGAAGGGGAAAGUGUUCUUCUACUCGUUCACAAUCCACCAGAGAAUAUUUUAGGCUUUGUCUGGUUCAAGAGAAGGGCUGAUUUCAAGAAUAUUGUGGCCACCCGGUUUAUACAAGAUAUGAAAGCAACUGUGUGGGGACCUGCAUACAGUGGCAGAGAGACAUUGCACAGUGAUGGAUCCCUGCUGCUUCACGGUGUCACUCGGAAAGACUGUGGAUUGUACAUUCUAAAAAUUCUGAGAACAGAUAAGGGAAGUGAAUACACACAAGUGCAACUCAAGCUGGAAACUUCCCAUUCUCAGUUCUGCAACCCUUUCGCUUCUUCCCAACUCAUGAUCCAACCGGUGCCUCGAUAUGCAACUGAAGGGGAAGAUGUAGUUCUUCAAGUUUAUAAUCUUCCAAAAGAUGUGAAAGCCGUUUUCUGGCACAAGGCAACAUACAGAACUCCGGUCUUGAAAAUUGUAAAAUACACCAGAGGCACAAAAUCCAUCUCCUGGGGGCCUGAACAAAGAAUUAAAAAAACAGGAUACAAUAAUGGAUCUCUGAUACUCAGGGAUCUCACUGAGAAAGAUGCAGGAAUCUACACACUAACAGUUUUAAAAAAAGAUUUCAAAAUUGAAAGACUAUACGUGGAAAUUUAUGUAAAGAAGAAUGUGACACAGCCCUUUGUGCGAAUCACUGACACCACAGUCUCUGGAGGUACAUCUGUGAUCUUCACCUGCAUUUCACCUGACACUGAUGUCUCCAUCCGUUGGAUCUUCAAUAAGAAGAAUCUUCAGCUCACAGAGAGGAUGACUGAGUCUCCUACAAAGUGUGGACUCAAAAUAGAUCCUGUCAGGAGUGAGGAUGCUGGAGAGUAUCAGUGUAAGGUUUCCAACCAAUAUUUUAUUGAGAAUUUUCGCAUCGAUGGUCAGGAGUGA